AUUUAACCGAGCAAGUAUGAUAAUACUCAGGGUAUCCCCUCCUGGAUAACGGCUUUCAGCCACUCAAUCAAGGCUUUGUCCGCGGAGCUAGAACUAUUUCAUUUUACAGGUGAAGAAAGCUAGCUGAAAUGGCUUCGACGGCAUAUGCUGGCGCCUAUAGCUGCCUUAUAUGCAAAAUCAGGGUGGUUUCUGUGUUGGGUCUACCUGUUCUUCCGUUGAAGGAGUCAAGAAGGAAACUAGGAAAUGGUACCUCCCGCAGACUUUCUAGAAUUGGAACUUCCACACUUCUAUUGAGUAGAUCAUACUCCACUUCAAAGGAAUCAAAUAUACUAGUACCUGAAUGCAGUUUAGACUCGAAUAGCAGUAAUGAUAAAUCCCCUAAAAAAGAUAAGAUACCUUUUGGAUACACGAGAAAGGAUGUUCUAUUAAUUGGACUUGGACUCACAGUUGCUGGCUAUGGCCUAAAAAGUGGAUUGGAGUUAUUUGGUGUUGAUUCACUACAAGCUGGAAAUGUAGUUCAACUGGUCAUGGUCUUGGGUCUAACAGUUGGAUGGAUCUCAACAUACAUCUUCAGGGUUUCAAACAAGGAAAUGACCUAUGCUCAACAAUUAAGACAGUAUGAGAGAAAAGUCAUGGAGAAACGACUAGAAAGCUUAACGGAAGCAGAGCUACAAGCAUUACUUGAACAGGUGGAGGAAGAGAAGCUAGCUAAGGGUAAACAAGUAUAGUCUAGGCCAGCGUUCGCCGUUUUGUUUAUCUACAGAUCAUUCAAAGUGCAAACUGUAUGCAUAGGCUAGUUUCUGCAAAGAUGCUGAAAGAGAUAGUCAAAAAGGCCUUGUGAAGAGUUGCAGAUAGAUGGGUGUAUAUGGGAAGUGGAAAGUUUAUUCUUCUUCAGUUGAGAGGCUAUAUGUUGUACAAACUUAUUACUAGUGAAUUACACGUUGAGAUCAUGUUUGGAAAUAGAAUACAUCUCUGUAAUAUCAUGAAAAUAAUAAAUAAA